AUGUCGCUUUGGCGGAGUGAAAAGAAAAAACUAUCUGCUCCUGCGAAAACUAAAAGUUUUCAGAAAUCAAAAUCAAAAUUGAGAAAGAAGGGUGGGCAGGGUGAGGCACAAGAAGAGACUGUAUCUAGUUCCAUUGGAACAAAGAACGCUGAAUUUUACAAACCACCUCCUCUCGUAUUAUCAGAAGAGUUGCUUCCGUUGGAGAUUUUACCCGGUCCAUCUUUAGUGAUGCGUAGAUGUUCAAUAGAAUUAAUUAAAAUUAUUAAAUCAGCAAUGGGCAUGGAAACUAAUUAUAGCACAGAAACUAAUUCUAGCACGGAAAACAAUUCUACCACGGAAAUCAAUUCUACCACGGAAACCGAAUCCAAAUCCAAUUAUACCACGGCAACCAAUAGCAAGAAUACCAAAACCAGUUCCAGAAAUGAUACAAUAACCAAUUCUAUUAUAUUAACUGGUCAAGAAGGUGUGGGAAAAAGUGUAUUGUUACUUCAAACAGUUAAUUAUGCAUUAUGUGAACCAUGUAUUGUGAUUUACAUUUCGGAUGGAAUUAAGUACGUUAAUAGCACGUACCCUUAUAUAAAGAACGCGAAAACAGAUGAAUUUGUUCAACCCACAUUAGCAAAAGAAUUGUGUAAUCGAAUAAAAUUGGUCAAUAGGCGCUUUCUUGAAGAUGAUGAUCAUGAAAUUGGUCGCGUUAUAAUUAAACAGGGAUCUAAUAUAACGAAAUUAUUAGAUAUAGGAAUCAAUGACUCAAAUGCAGCCCAACUUGUUUUUGAGAUAUUUCUAGAAGAGAUUAGCAAUAACAAUAAAUACCCUGUCCUUCUUGCAGUUGAUGCAAUUAACGCAUUUUAUACUGUUUCCGAAUACACAGAUAUGGAUAAUAAACGCAUGGAGGCUGUUAGAUUAUCACUCCCUCGUACAAUAUUAGAAUAUUUCUCAGGACAUCGUAGAUUUGCUCGGGGGGCUGUGAUUGGAGCCAUGUCGCACGUUGACAAGGCCUUUCUUAGUAAACCUUUAGACCUUGCGCUUGGAUUUAUUAAACCAUCACCAUGGGUACAAUAUUCUCCUAAUAUUUUGAAAUAUACGGAAGGAUUGAAAAUUUUUGAUGUUCCAACAUUUACCAGAGAUGAAGCAAAAAGUGUCAUGAAUUAUUAUCGUGAAUCGUCAAUUAUUGAUCACGUACAUGAUCAAUUGUUUGAAAGGUAUUAUAUUGCAACGAAUGGAAUUCCACGAAAAUUUUAUGUAUCUUGCUGUAAAGGAUUAUAG